AUGAAGAAGAAGCAAAAGCUGGACAGAUCUGUCGAUGUUGAUGAUGAUGACAAGGCUGAAGUUGACUCUUCUUCACUAGCGGAAGAGGAGAAGCGUCGUUAUAAAUCUAUAGCUAAAAUUGCUAUCGGUUAUGGGAUCAAUCCUUCUGUUGAGAACUCGGCCAUUUCAGACUUGAUACACACAUUUUCCCCAAAUGUCACUCUCGAAACUUCCAAACUCGUGAGCGCGGUUAUGGAGAUUUACGAACAAGGCAAAGAGAAAGUCAAGGAACUUUUGAGAGACUCGCAAGGGAAACUAACACUCUCCUACGAAUGGAUUGUUCAUGGAGAUGACUACGGGAUCGACGAAGACAACAUGGAACUUCUGCACGAGGACUUCAUCGUCGUCAGCGCCUACUUCGUCGACGCGAGAUUCAAGAUGAACAAAUGGAUCUUGGCGUACCAUCCACGUUCCUCCAUGCGUGUGAAAGACGUUUACGUGGAUCCUUUCAAGGACGUGAUCGCGGAGUACGGGAUCGAGAGCAAGGUCUCGACUCUCCUCGUGCCUAACUACAGCGAUCUCGGUGUGAAGGCGUUUGAUGAUUUCAGGAAAUGGAUUGAGGAGAGUGGGAAGACUCAGAUAAACCCUAAUGCGUUCCUCGUUUACUGCUGCUCUGACAUUUUUAGGUUAAUGGUUGAUGACAUGUAUAAGGAGAUAGGGUUUUCGUUGAUGCACUGUGUUCGGAUGCUUGUUGGCUGUGGAACAAUGGCGCCUAAGAACUGGAACGUGACGCUGCGUCAUCUGCAGAAAGCUGUUGACAUGGAAGCCAAGAACGUGUUUGAAGAGGAUGAGGAUUACGACGUCUACGAGAAGCCAGAUGAGGAAGAAUGGAUACAGAUCAAGAUUUUCUGCAAGCUCGCGAGUUGCAUUUAUACAGUCGCCAAGGAGCUUUUCGAUGGAGAGUAUCAGACGUCUAACGUCUACUUCCACCUUCUUGCUGAGCUCAAGAACAUGCUAAACGAGGAGAUGAAGAGCUGGGAUGAAGAGUACGUCCUCGACAAAGAGAAGGAGGUGUUGGAGAGGUUUGAUAAGUAUUGGAACGAUAUGUUUCUUGUUUUGGCAACUGCGUCUGUGUUGGACCCUCGUUUCAAGAUGAAGUAUCUUGAGUUCUACUGCUCCAAGAACGAAGGCUCAAAGGCUGAAACCGUUUUGGACUAUCUACGCAGUCUUUAUUCUAGCUACGCAGCUAGCGAUGUCGGUCCACGGCAAGAACAUGGGGAUGGUGCGGUUUACCGUCAUCCUGACUGGAUUAAGAAUAUAUUGGAAGAAGAGGAAGAAGAGGAAAAGAGAGAGAGAGCGAAAGAGAAGGAGAAGGAGAAGGAGGAGAAGAAGCCGGAUGCGUAUGAUGAUUUUGUUUUGUUUCAAGAAUAUCUCAAGUUUGAAGGAUCUUCAGCUUCGAGAGAGCUUUGUGAAGGAGAGCUUGAAGCGUAUCUCAAGGAACCGGUUUUGGAGUGGAAGAAAGACUUCCAGGCAUUGGCAUGGUGGAAAGAAGAGAGCCAGAAGUAUCCGAUCCUGUCACGAGUGGCUCGUGACAUUCUCUCGAUUCCUGUCACGCGUGGCACAUCGCACCGUGCUUAUGUUGUGGACAAGAGAGGGUGUCCUGAUUUUAUUGUCUCCUUGGAGGCCAAGCUUGUGAACGCCAUGAUGUGCAGCGAGAGCUGGCCACGUCGUUGA